GAUAACGGGCAGCUAGGCCCGUUUAAAACUGCUAAAGCACGACGUUUCGGACGCUGUUGCGCCAGAUAUGUUGAUCAGGUCGCUCUAUUGGCAAUUCUCUAAGCGACUGCAACGCACUGCCCAACUACACAAGCUAUUACAUUAUAAAUGGGAGAUAAUUUAUCAGUUUUAGCUGAUACUGUUUAUGCUUGUUAGCCAGCUAGAGGCUAGCCAAGCUAGCUUCCAUGAUUAACGUUAGCGCAAGGCUAACGUCGGUUACGGUUGACAAGUUUUCGAAUAACUUAGUUAUAUGACUCCUGUCCUAGUAUAACCAGGGCUAAAACAUACACGUAUCGUUUCCUGGAUGUGUAUAUUUCUCAAAUUUACCAGAAAGUGUACGUUUUAGACGGGAAAGCAUUGGAAAUGGCAGUUGUUGACAGGCGAGCACAUGCCCAAAAGUAAACAGUCCCUUAUGGAUGUGGAGGAGAAUGAGGUGGAAAGCAGCAGCGAUGCUGGGCCCUCAGGGAUGGAGGAGCCGUCUGAAAGCGGCAUGGGCAUGGAGUCAUCAGAGGCCAUGUCUGCAGACAGCAGUGACGCUGCUGCCUCUCAUGGACAGGCCCCAGAGUCUGACUGCCAUGUGGGACAGAGCUCUGAGGGACUUGUGGUGUUCAUCCCAGAAACCAGUUCCAGUACAGAUGUCAGAGUAUCAUCAGUCCAUCUCCCGGACUCCUCCUCGGUGGCCCAGUCCACCAGCGUGUCCAGCGUUUCCACUGUGACUCAGUCUGUGCUGGUGUCCGAGUCUGCCCAAGUGUUGGUCCACUCUAGUGCUGUUUCUGAAGGAGCCAUGAUGGUUUCUGACUCAACUGCCUCUACCUCAUCAGAUCUGGGUUCUGCCAUUGACAAGAUCAUAGAAUCAACCAUUGGCCCUGACAUCAUGAAUGGAUGCAUAGCUGUGACCAGUGCAGAGGAUGGAGGUGCAGAAACAACUCAGUAUCUGAUAUUACAAGGACCAGAUGACGGAGCUCCAAUGGUAGCCCAUAUGUCGUCUUCUGCCCUGUCCAAUCGUAUAGCCAUAGAAGCUCUUGCUGAAGGUCCUACCUCCACCUGUCUGGAUCAGGGAGACCUGCAGGGAAAUCUUGAACCUGACCAGCCCGAUGAUCAGCCAGGCCACUCGGGUUACCCAGAGGACAGCAGCAGUCAGCCUGACCAGCCCCAACACUCCCACCCUUCCCAGUACAUGGACUGCAGCGCGGACGGUCCAGACCAGACAGAGGAGUCUUCGUCUUCCUAUGUGGAGUGUUCAAUUGAAGAACCUGACCAGACACGCUCCCAGUCAGGCUUCCCUGACUACAGCGGGAAUAACAGUGACCAGGACCUGCCUGGAUAUGUGGAGUGCAGUGGAGCGGACUCGAAUCCCACCAGCCGAAGUCACUAUGUGGUGGAGUGCAGCGCUGGGUAUCUUGAGUGCGCGGUGGAUGAGGGAGAGCAGCCGCAUCACUCCCGCAGUUACAUUGACAGUAGCGCGGACCACCGGACCCAGCCUAGUCGGCAGUAUGCAGCAGAGUACGGCGCAGAAUGUGUUGCCGCUGCGGACUCUGAGCAGCCCGGAUGCUCUCAGUAUCAAGGAAGGGACGAUGAUGAAGACGACGAGCAGAACCAGGAUCCAGAUCAGCCGCAGCACUCUCAACAGCAGCCCCAGCAUUCCUGUUACACAGAGAGCAGCAACGGCCCCGAGGCCUCCCUCUACGCUGACGACAGCUCCUCGUCGGACCACCCUCUGGCAGACACGGCGGGUUCAGGGGGACUCCCUGAGGCACUGGAGUGCAGUGAGAGCCAGUCUGGGCCCUACAUCAGCAGCAGCGGGACAUAUACCUCUAAUCCAGAGCCUGAGUCGGCGCAACAGUGCUCACAGAGCCAACAGGAACCCCAAGGCUCUCAGGAUGAAGCUGGCCCUGUCAGGGAGUUGGAAACAUCGACAGUGGCAGAAGGGUCUGGAGAUCGACCACCAAACCUGGCUGAGUUGGAGGAGAUGAUGGAAGUCGUGAUCGUACAGCAGUUCAAGUGUAAGAUGUGUCCGUACAAGAGUGCUUCCAAAGACACGCUCAUCAACCACAUGAGAGACAAACACUUCAAACCCGCAGGGGACAUGCCAAAGAAGCGUAAACGUGGACGGCCUCCUAAAAGUGAGACGUUAGCCCGUCAAAAGGCAGAGAGGGAGGAGGCGGAGGAGAGGAAGGCAGCUAAGGCAAAGAGUGCCGAGUCUCAGCAAGCAGAAGAAGAGGAGGAUGAUAUUGUGGAUGCCGGUGCUAUUGAUGAUCCUCAGGAGGACAGUGAUUACAACCCAGCAGAUGAGGAUUGUAAAGGAAGACCACCUGCUCUUCUGAAGAAGCCUGCUACGCCCAUCUCCUCCUCCUCCUCUUCCUCCUCCUCCUCCUCCUCCUCUCAAGGGCGUCCUCGGCGUAAGGUUGGCCGUCCGAGGAAGUACUGCGUUUUAGAUGAUGGCCACAAUAGUAAAGAAGCAGAAAGUAUGGCCAAGAGGUCGAGGAUUAGCGGGGAUGCUAGUGCAUCAGAAGAAGCAAGCUCCUCUGGGUUAGGAAAUGGUGCCGGUGUGGUCACCGAUGGAGACACAGCUGAGGCCGCAAUCAGCCAGUCAGACUCUGAGAACAAAGACCCUUCUUCCAACACUCAGCCAGAGGAGGAGUUCUUCCCGAGAAAACGUGGCAGACCAUCCAAGCGCUUCCUCCGCAAGAAAUAUAAGAAAUAUAUCAAUUCAAACAGGUACUACAAAUCCCUCAAACCACUCCUGAGACCUCACAACUGCUGGAUCUGUGGUUCACGUUUCCUCACCCAAGAGGAUUUGCGCUUCCACGUGGACUCCCAUGAAGGCAACGACCCAGAGCUCUUUAAGUGCCUGCAGUGCAACUAUCGCUGCAAGCGUUGGUCCUCGCUCAAGGAACAUAUGUUCAACCACGAGGGCACCAAACCUUUCAAGUGUGAGGAGUGUGAUUACACAAGUGUUUACAAGAAAGAUGUGAUUCGCCACACGGCGGUCCACAACAAAGAGAAGAAAAAGAAGACUGAGUUGGCACCAAAAGUGUCAGAGUUCCCCUGCCCUGUCUGUCACAGGGUUUACCCCAUGCAAAAGAGACUCACCCAACACAUGAAAACCCACAGCUCAGAGAAACCGCACAUGUGUGAUAAGUGCGGUAAAUCCUUUAAGAAGCGGUACACAUUCAAAAUGCACCUACUGACCCACAUCCAGAGUCUUGAAGACAACAAGUUCAAGUGUGAGUUUUGCGACUACACCUGCGACAACAAGAAGCUGCUCCUCAACCAUCAGCUGUCCCACACCAACGACAGGCCCUUCAAGUGCGACUACUGUAAAUACUCCACCUCCAAAGAAGAGUUUCUGGUCUCCCAUCUGGCCAUCAAACACACAGGCGAGAAGCCUUUCUCCUGCGAAAUGUGUCACUUCAUGACAAAGCACAGGAAGAACCUGCGCCUUCACAUUCAGUGCCGCCACCCCGAGGCGUUUGAAGAGUGGUGUGUGGCUCACCCCGAAGAGCCGGCGAAGAGGCGACGCAGACCCUUCUUCACCCUGCAGCAGAUAGAGGAUCUCAAACAGCAGGAUGACACGCAGGGCUUGCAGAACACUAUUGUCGCGGUGGAUUCUGCAACACUGCAAGCCAUCCAGGGUAUGGAAAAUGCCUCAGUGUCCCAAGAUGCACUGGGAAACACCACCAUCAUUUAUGAACAAGCUGAAUCCAGCGAUUUGUCUGCUCAGAAUGCUCUGGACCUGCUCCUGAACAUGAGCAAUGCCCGGGAACUGGUUGGAAACUCCUUACAGGUAGCGGUGCUGAAGUCGGAGGGGAAAGCUCCGGAGAAGGGCACAUGGAGUGCGGUGACAGCAGAACCAGGGCAAGCCCAAAAGAUUGUGACCUUCCACGUGUCUGAAACCAACGAGACGGUGCUCCAAGAAGCCUACGAGGCGUCCACCUCCGAAACGGGAGAGCUCACCCAGAUCGCCAUUGAAGCUUACGAAGGGGGAGGAGACUUCAGUGUGGUGGAGCAGGCAGCUGAGGAAAUACACAGCCCCGGAUACAGUAAUGGUGAGAGCAGUCCCUCUCAGACGUUGGAAGUCUCAGAGUCAGAGAAAAGUGACAAGUACUAUCUUACUUCAGCGCUGGCUGAUGGGAUAUUGCAGCAGGUGGAGCUGAGCAGUGAAGCCCCAGCCUCCACCUCUACGGGGAGUUCUCCCAAUAUAAACACAAAGAGAUUUUACUGCAGAAUCUGCAUGGAGUCUUUCAACGGACGCUCUGAUAUGGAAAACCACAAGAGGGCGCACUUGGAUGCCAACACCUUCAAGUGUCCCGACUGUGACUUCACCUCCACCUCCUGGCCUGAAGUUAAGUCUCACAUGGAGACGCAUUCCUACCUGCGUCCUCACAAGUGUCCAAACUGCAGCUUCGCCACCAAGAACAAGAAAGACCUGCGCAGACACAUGAUGACCCACACCAACGAGAAACCGUUUUGCUGCAAACUUUGUGGGCAAAGGUUUAACCGGAAUGGUCAUCUGAAGUUUCACAUGGAGCGUCUCCAUAAUCAGGAUCAUCCUACUCGCAAAAGCCGCACCACCACAUCUCAGCAAACCAUCAUAGUCAACAGUGACGAGGAGGCGUUGGCCACACUUCAGUCCCUGCAGGCGCAUCAGACGGUGAUCACCCCGGAGAGGCUGCAGGCUCUGGGGCAGGACCACAUCAUUGUAGCUCAGGAACAGGCGCUAUCAGACCAGGAGGAAGGCACGUACAUCCAGCAGAUAACCACCAUAGACGGGCAGACUGUUCAACACCUGAUGACAGGAGACAACCAGGUGACUGAGGUCCAGUAUAUCAUCUCCCAGGAUGGAGUGCAGCACUUAAUUCCUCAGGAGUAUGUGGUAGUUGCUGACGGCAACCACAUACAGAUGCCAGAUGGACAGAUCAUCCAGUACGAGCAUGACAGGGCCUUUCUACAGGAGCAACAGAUUGCUGUAAGUCAUGACGGUCAGAUCCAGUACCUACCCGUCAGCACGGAGCAGCAGAUUGUGAAUUCUGACGAUCUGGAAGCUGCUGCACACUCUGCUGUCACAGCUGUAGCAGACGCAGCCAUGGCGCAGACCCAGACCGUCUACACCGAAGCGACGCCUGAACAGCUGGAGCAGCUGCAGCAGCAGGGCAUCCACUACGAUGUCAUCACUUUCACUAACGAAUGAGGGUCCAAGUGUGUACAGAGAAGGACCAGUAGAAACUGCGAUGAGCUGGUAGAACAGUGACCUCAACUUAUUUAUGCAUUCAGCUGGCCGUGAACUAAAGCCUCAUCUCCUCCACAGCGUCAUGCACUCGGGGCGGCAGCAGUCCACAAGAUCAACAGCUUUUUUGUGAAUCCUGAGUAUUGCACCCAUUGCUUCUAACUUAAUCAUAGGGGCUGUGCAUAUAAGACUUAAUUUAAGCAAUGAAUGGUCUGUUCUGUAAUUACUGAAAGUCAUUGGUGUUUACGUGCCUAAACUGCUUCAAUUAGCAAGACAAUGUAAUCAAAGAAAAUAACAUGGCUUAUGUUUUACGUCUCGGACCGUGUCCAGAAGAACAUUUAAGUUUUUGAAUGGAAUGAAAAGAAAAGGGAGCGUUUGUUUUUGAUGUGUAUGGUGCACCCUGUUUCAAAAAAAAAAGUUUGGAUAAUGUGAGUAAAGACAGAGGUUGGUGACUUACAAAUAAUUUAGAUCCAAUGUUACAUUGAAAAUAGAACACUGAUAAGACAACAAUCGUUCAAAUUGGAAUUUUUAAGAAUUAUAUGUUAUAAUAUAAAUUUGGUGCCACUAAAACACUGACACUGGAGCUUUGUUAGAGUUACGUCUCUUUGUAGACCAGUCAGCACCUGGACACUAACUACUGAACCAUUCAGUUUAAACACUUGUGGAAUAUGGUUUGGCAUUGUCUCACUGAAAUGAGCAAAGUCUUCCCUGAAAAGUAUGUCCUGCAUUUCUCCAGCAUCAGUGGUGCCAUCACAGACGCUAAACACAACUUAACUGACCUUUAUCUUCUUUAGCUCCGGGUCCAUUAUUUCCAUUAUAAAAGGAUUUCACAUUUUGAUUUACAGAACAGUUUUCCACUUCUUCUCAAGAAUUUUGAUUUGAUUUUCUGAAUAUCUCAGUGAUACUGCUCCCAAGUAUUUGCAAUUUCACACUGAAAAAACAACCAAGUCUUAACUUUAGGAGCUCUUUUUAUACCCCAUCCUCCUGUUGUCAACCAACCUAACUAUUUUUUUUAAGGUUGCUUGUAUCAAAUUCAAAAUGAGCACAUAUUUAAUAAUAAUAAUAAUAAUAAUAAUAAUAAUAAUAAUAAUGAAUUCUCAAUUUUGUAUCUUUGUUCUAUUUUCAAUUAAAUAUUAAUUUAAAUGAUUUGCAAGUCAUUACAUUCUGUGUUUAUUUGCAGCUUUUCUUUUCUAGAAACAGGCCUGUAAAUGGUUAGAAUGCCACAACGUUGUGUUUUCUAAAUAUGUAAAUACGUUUUGCACCUGUCUUCUGUUCUGUUAUGGCUGGUAUGUUUUUAUUUGGUGCGUAUGACGUUUAUUAAGCUGAAAGCUGACACCAAAUAAAUGACUUUGUGUAUA